CUGCCACCGUUCGAAAGGUUGUAGUGAGAGGAUUUCGAUCGAUUUUAUCUGGACAAAACUCCGAAGUCAGUUGGUCCCACGCGACGCGGUCACGGCAGUAACCCGAUACCGGGGAAGUCUUGGUCGCUUCCUGGCCUUUCUUGUUUUCAUUUGAACAUUCGGACGCGCGUGCUCGAUUCGUCCCGGAGAUUCGCAUCUACUUGACGUACAGGAAAGGCGGUCAGUGGAGAGAAACAUGCGACCAGACCAGAAGAUGUUUGGUAAGAAGAAGAAGCGGCCAGAGAUCUCGGCCCCCUCAAACUUCGAGCACCGCGUGCACACCGGGUUUGACCGCGACCACGGGGAGUAUGUCGGACUGCCGGCCCAGUGGGCCAGCGUGAUUGGCUCCCCGAAGGAGACGGCACAGCCGAGCGCCAUCAGGCCGCGGCCGCUCAUCGACCCAUCAUGCAUCACUCCGGUAGACCUCAGUACGCUGAAGACAGUUGUACGUGGGAGCAAAGCUGACUUAUUGCCGGCGGAACCAGACAGUGGGCAGGCUUGGAAGAUGAUAGUCCGGGGGAACAGUAAGCUGGACACGACCGACCUGGCGCACACCAGCCCGAACGGUUACGACUACCAGCAGCACCCCAACAUCCGGAACCUGCAGGGUGGCGGCAUCAGCGUGGCACGGUCUAACUCGCUGCGAAAGGACAGCCCGCCACCGCGCCGCGUGCCCAGGGACCGGGACAUGCUGCACGACGGGCUCCCGCCUGGCCUGCAGGACCCCCAGCAGCCCCGCGGGUACGGCGGGCACUACAUGAACGGCCGGUCUCAGCAGGACGGGAGGGGGGCGCCGCCACAGAACGGGCGCAGCCUGCAGGACGUGCGCGGGCAGCAGCCCUACACACGGGACGGGCGCGGGGACUAUGCUUACAGCAACAGAGACACUUACCACGGGGACCUAGGGGGGAGGGAGAACUACAGUAGGGACUAUCACACGUACAGCGCCGGGAGGGAGUGGGACAAACCUGACGGCAGGACGGCCUCCAGGCAGCAGCAGCAACCACAGGAGCCACGCACACCUACCAAGGUCCCACCUCCGGUCGCUCCCAAACCAAGUUUACGAUCGUCGACCCUCCCGCGGGACCCAGGGCCGGUCGUGCCCCCCUCUACAGGUGCCAAGCCUAGUCCCACCCACGUGCAGAAGAUCACACUGUCACUACCGGGACACAAACAAGCAAACAGACCACAGCAGCCUCACAACCAAAACUACAGGGACUACCAGAACAGUCCCAGUGUGCCCCCACCUUCUGUACCCAAUGCCAACCCUCCUGCCGCCACACAAAGUGCCACCACCCCCACCCAGCCCAAACCCCCGCAGGGCCCCACCCACGACCAGCGCGAGUCGCACGAGAAGUUCCGGGCGGCGCUCCAGACCGUGGUCAGCCCGGGAGACCCGCGCAACAACCUGGAGAACUUUGUGAAGAUCGGGGAGGGGUCAACGGGAAUCGUCUGCAUCGCCACUGAGAGGGGCACGGGCAGGCAGGUGGCGGUGAAGAAAAUGGACCUGAGAAAACAGCAGAGGAGAGAACUGCUGUAUAACGAGGUGUCGAUCAUGCGAGACUAUCACCAUAACAACAUUGUGGAGAUGUACGACAGUUUCCUGGUGGAGGAUGAGCUCUGGGUCAUCAUGGAGUUCCUGGAGGGCGGAUCUCUCACUGACAUCGUCACACAUACAAAGAUGAAUGAAGAGCAGAUAGCCACGGUGUGUAAGGCAGUCCUGGAGGCGCUGGUGUUCCUCCACUCCUGGGGUAUCAUCCACAGGGACAUCAAGUCAGACUCCAUCCUGCUGGCACACGACGGCAAGGUGAAGUUGUCGGACUUCGGGUUCUGUGCGCAGGUGACCCCUGACCUGCCCAAGAGGAAGUCGCUGGUAGGCACGCCCUACUGGAUGGCACCUGAGGUCAUCUCCAGACUGCCCUAUGGGCCAGAGGUUGACCUUUGGUCCCUUGCCAUCAUGGUGAUGGAGAUGGUUGACGGAGAGCCGCCGUUCUUCAACGAGCCUCCCCUGCAGGCCAUGCGCCGCAUCAGAGACAUGCCUCCUCCCAAACUCAAGAACACACACAAGGUGUCCCCGAGGUUGCAGGGUUUCCUGGAGAAGAUGCUGAUGCGGGACCCGUCGCAGCGAGCCAGCGCCAUCGACCUGCUGGAGCACCCCUUCCUGCUCAACGCCUCCAACCCAGCCUGCAUCGUGCCCCUCAUGAGGAGUUUCCGGCACAGCCCCUGCUAGUCCCACACCACAAGCACAGACACAGGCACAGGCACGGGCAACACAACAAGCUCAAGAUAUGGUACCUCUGAGGAGAACAGCAGUCUCCAAGCAGACUCAAAUGUGGCUCUAGCCUGUUCUGUAUAAUUUCUCUAGUCCUUUUAGUAGUGUAUGUUUUCCUCUUCUUCCUAGGGUACAUUACCCUAGGAAGAGAGAGAGAGAACAGAGGAAAGCACACACCAUCACAUCACUACAAAGGCAAGCAAAACACUGCGAAACAAUCAAAGCCAUACAUCUCAUUGGGUAUAUGGUUUCAGCUUGGUCUUUGUGGGGUUUGUUGUCCAUGUUUUUCCUGUUUGCCAUGCCCUACAUCAGUUUUCUUAGCAUGAUUGCCAUUAGAUGUGGGGCAAAGUAAACAGAAAAAUGUGCUUCACUGAUAAGAUGUACAGAGCACAACAGAAAAUGUACAAAACAGGCAGAACCAUGCAUCUGCUUGGAGACUGCAACACACACAGCAUUGCAGGGAUCUUGCCAUAUUGCACCCUGUGCCACCUUCAGCUGGUGGCCUGUCUUUCCACAGCACAGCUCUGAAUGUAACUUCUCUAUCCAUGACAUUUGAGUGGAGUGAGCCGAGUUGUUCCGGGAAGAAAGCGCCACCCAGCUCACAUACAGCAAACUGCAUGGUCCUUACUAGACAGGGAUUGCCUUUCGUACUGUUAUAUAAGCUGCAUGUUGUAAGGCCCCGCUUAGAUGAUCUGUAUACUUAAAUGACAAUGCUUUGACUUAAUGAAUUUGAAGAAGAGUUUUUAAGAUAUGGCAGAUAGAUUUCAUAAAAGCAUGUAAGAAGAAAACUUUUUCAGGUUUAUUAGUAGUUUUUAACAACAUCCCAUGCCUGUCCCAUGUCAGUGAUUCCAAGCUCCUAACACGUCGUAUAGCAUACAGUCUGGACAGAAUUUCCAUGUUAUGAUCAUGUACCAAACAUGCAAAAUCUGCUGCCCUGAAAGUGCUGAUCCUUGCAGUUCUGCAUCCUUCAUUGUUUAUGCAUGUACAACUCAAUACAAGUAUUUUACUUCUAACCCCACUAAAUCCUUUGUGGAUUCAAGUAUGAGUGAUGAUACAGUUACUUUUACAAAUAGUCUAACCUAGAAACAUUACUGAAUUACGCUCCUAUUGCCUUGCCCCAUUUAAAUUGUGAUCUCUGUGAUGCCCAUAUUCAAGUUGUUAGAAGACGAAAUUUCUGUUCAGGUGAUUCUGUACAUGUAGUGACACUGCACCGCUGUCACAGCAGCUAGCAGGGGCGCGCUUUAAUUUCCUGAUGUCCUCAAGCUUUGUUAAUAACCAUUAGUUAUAUUACAGCAUUGUAUAAUUACUAAUAACUGCAUACAAUUGGUAGUAAUUUUAACAUUUUCUUAGAUACAUGAGAUAAUAGCAUAUGGUUCUUUAUGAAAUUGUGUCAAGAUAAAAAGAGUACUAAAAGGGCAAGGAGAGAACCAAUAAUAUGGUGGAUCGGAAGGCCUUGUGGCCUGCCACAUGUACAUGUGAAAGAAAAGAGCGUCCUACAAACGUUGAGAACUUAUAUAUGUAUUAUACCUUUUCUACAAGGAUGUAAAUCAGAACUAAGCCACCAUUAAUUGUGUGAUAGGGGACUAGAAACUGACUGCUCUCCUCUUUUGGAUGGCACAAAUUUGGAGUACAACUUUUGAAAGGAUGGAAUUUUUGAGAAAAGGUUUUGAAGUACAAUGUACUCUUCCCCCCUUAGCAAUAUAUUUGUGUCCAUCCCUUUUGGAGGCAUGAAUUCCCCAGACUUAUUUUGUGAUAGUAGAGUAGAAUUUGUAAGAUAAAAAAUUGUUCUGGAUUUCUGGUGCUUAGUGGGACUACAGUGUAUAAGGAGAUGGAUGUUUGAAUGAGUUUGAAUGUGUACCAUACUACUUUCCCUUGUCAUAUCAUUUUGUACACUGUUUAUCGGCCAGCUAAAGUUUUGACGUAUUAUGAGUAACCACAAGAAUCUUACCUUUGCUAACCUGGAUGUAUAUAACCAGAGGACUGAGAUGAGUGAUACUGUGGCAUGUGAUUGGCUACCGUUUUCUCCAAUGAAACAGCAUGAUCGUGAAAAUUGUGAAGGGCUGUUGUAGUUCUCAUAUCAAUUGCCAGGUGGCAUUGUUGCACACACUAUUUCUCAACUGUUAUUAAAAAGUUUCAUCACAAUCGAUUUAUUGAUCCAUUUAUCAGAAGAUGAAAAUUAAUCAGUUAACUGUUAAAAGAUCUUUUCUGCUGAAGUAACCGGUGGGCAUCAAGUUUGUAUUGGUCACCAGGUUGUGCUGCAGGGAGAAGGUUUAUCUGAAAUCAGUGCAGUGUCUCAGCAUUUUGGUGCUAGACACCCUCGGGCACUAAAGGUUAACUGUUAAUCACUAAAUGGACAUUAUGCAAAGCCAUCUGUGCCAACACAUUUCAAGUUUACAUCCAUUGUCUCCAGGGGUUUGUUAGCCUGGUAUAUGUCUUUCUGCAGCUUUGACAUGCCCUUUUCUGUGGGGGUGUAUAUGGUAGCCAAAAGGGGAAGGAUACCAGGCUAACAUUUUGUGCCCCAAUGGUUGUAUCAGUUAAAGUUAAAGUUAUACCACCCAAACAGAUGUCAAAUACCAUGUUUGUGAGAUAUCCAUAGACAGUCUGUGGAGUCUGUCUUUUUAGUCCUUGUUUAAAUGUGAUGUCAUGAUUUUAAGCCUUUCCUAUUCACAUUUUAGCACUACUCCAUGUUCACUUAAUGUACAUAUCUGUAGAAAUGUUCCUUAGAAAUACUUGGAACAAAUGUCUUUUUCUGCCAGAUACUGGAAACAAGAUAAUGCUUGUCAAACAGACUGCAUAACGUCUAGUUGUAUGUAGAAUUCUAACUGUGAUGGGAGGGUAGAGGUUUGAUAGAGGCAUCAAGUGUUAUCAAGUGCACCAGCCGACGCAAAUGUAGAGAAGGGAUACCUGACAAACAGGGAAAAUGGUAGUGUCUCUUUAGGACAAGGUGUACAGAUGUAUCGUAAACGUGUCACCUAAACUGCCGUGGCUUCCCUUUGUAUAAACAAAUAGACAAUACUUUUACAUAGCGACAUUGUACACUACUACUACUACUACAUGAACCUUGGGUAGCAUUAGCCACUACUGGGGAAGGUUCUUCGUUUCAGAGAUGGAGAAGAUCCUAUCAGUGCUUCUCAUAAACAAGCGCACCUCUCCCCCUCCCAGUCUGACAGGUUUGUAGAGAAUAAAGAAACACUCU